GAACUGCAUCUGAACAUUGUACUUUGAGCUUCCAAAAUCUCCACCCUAUGAAGCGUGUAAAAAAGAAAAAACCUGUGGUUUGAUUGCAGCUUAUCAUUGUUAAAAUGCCAAAACGACACACAUAUUUUGCAAUAGUGAAUAAGAAGUGAACAUGGACCCUCCUCUUUUUUGAUGGUUUCACAGGAUUUGCGGGUCCACCUCAAAGAGAGUAGUGUGAGAAAUGGUAGUGUUUUGUAAGCUCGAGAAACACUGAAAUCCCUUUCAGAAUCAAAGCAAGUGUUUCAUCCACAUACAAAUCAGAAUAACCCCCCACCAAAUGAAUAAUAGCAAAGCAGAAAUUAAAGCAGUCCACAGACCCACACAAAUUUUUUUUUACAGCACCUUAUACAUUGAAACACCUAAUUCACUUAAGAGUAAUUAUUAUCAACUGUAGUGACUGUUUUCGGGAAGCAAAUGUGACAGUCAUUUUGAGGAGAGCAAGGUCCCACACACAACCAAGAGGUGGAUCAUCAAUUAAUUGGUAGGAUUGUUUGUGAUGAUACUGCGAGAAACAUCCUGUGCCAUUUAGAAUAGUGUCACAGAGAAUGAGGCGUUCUGGAUGAUCAGGAGCUUGUGGAGGGCAGAACUGAGGAGUGGGUGAGCUGGGAAAUGGAGAAGUCUGGACCUGAGGAACAGAGAGAAGACAUCUUGGUUGAAUAUUUCUUCCGAAGGAUAGCCCCUCUGACAAUACAGCACUGAACUGCAGUGCCAGCCUCGGCUAUAAGCUCAAGUGCACAAUAUGGAGCUUCACUCUACAACCAUCUGACUCGAUGCUACCGACUAAGCCAGGCUGACAACUGUAAAUAUGCGCAGGUGAGGCUCUGCAGUCGACACUCACUGUCCAGGCUCAUACACGAAGAACUCGGGCAAAAUCCCAGAGGCACAGAGAUGAAUAUGAAUAUCAAAUCAACGGGAGACCUCGGAGCGAGUGGACGAACACGGAAUCGCUUUUUGAAGACCCCCAGGAAAACAAACCAGAGGGCUUUUUGUACUUAUCACCAGCCAUUCACAAAACCGAGUGGUCACCGAGCAAAAUGUCGACGGGCUGCCUGCCUCCUGACCUGGACAAUGUGGAUCUGCUGGACUUGCUCUUUGACCAGGAGGAAGGGAUUCUCUGGAACCAGGAGUUCGAAACUGGCUGCAGAGUGGGCACAGACAACUGGGCGAUGGCAGAGCAGAGUAUCAUGAAUAAUUCCGUGAAUGAGAGCAGGAAUGAGGAAUUGCUGAACUCCAUCCUGGCCAAUUCUGUGCCAGACUCUCCCCAGUGGUCCCCAGCGGCCAGCGACAGCGGAAUAUCAGAAGAUCACCAUUCGGACCAGAUGGACAGCCCCCCGUACUACAUGCCCUCAGACAGAGACAGAUUCAGUGAGCCAAUACAGCCUGAGGCAAUGUGUCCCCAGGAUACCUGUCACCCAGUCACUAACCUGAAACCCACAGGAGCAGAAUUCCCAGAUAUGGAUGUCUCCAUAGGACUCGGUGACUGGAAUUCUGACCUUUUUGAUGAAGAGACCAGGAGCGUUCCCACAAGAUCCGCUGCAAACAACCUCUUCCCGCUCACUGUGAAGGACCUGUUGCUGGCCAGCACCAACGAAAUGCAGCAGCAACAGCAACAACAGCAACAACUCCAGGAGCUGGUCCUCAAUGAGGAUGAAAAGAAACUACUGGUGAAGGAGGGAAUCCUGCUCCCCUCACAGCUGCCUCUGUCCAAAUACGAGGAGCGUGUUUUGAAGAAGAUCAGGAGGAAAAUCCGCAACAAGCAGUCCGCGCAAGAGAGUCGCAAGAAGAAGAAGGAGUAUAUCGAUGGGCUGGAAAGCAGGAUGGCAGCCUGUACAGUCCACAACCAUGAACUACAGAGGAAAGUCAUUCAGCUUGAGAAGCACAACACAACAAUAAUGGCACAACUGAGGAAACUCCAGUCCCUCAUCAUGCAUUCAUCGAGCAAAACUGCGCAGACAGGAACCUGCAUCAUGGUCCUGCUGCUGUCCUUUGGCCUAGUUAUUUUCCCCAGCAUCACUCCCUUCAGCAAGAGUAAGAGCGCCCCAGCAGAUGACUUCACCCCAUUACGAGUGUUUUCCAGGUCCCUUCAUGACGUUGAGUAUUCCCGAGUGCUCCACGUGACGACCGAUGCUCAAAGCCACCCCCAGCGGAGGAAGACGACGAAUGGAGUGACCAACGGAGCUCAGAGACGAGCGACACAGCCAGCAAACAGGGCAGGAAAGCCAAGGACACACAGCCUGCCGAGGAAGUCAACCCUCACCAAACCAACAGGACCAGCUCUUCCCCAGAAGAUCCCACCAUCGCUAAGGAGGUCACAGCACUGGAGGUCAAAGCCAUGGCGGACCUCAGCCUCGAUGACCACGAUGUGGGACAUGGACUUGGACACUCGGUGAAGACUGACUACGGACCUUCUGAACUGCUCCCUGACCACAGCGAUGAAAUAUAAUGACUCUAGCCCGUUUUCGAGUGAAAAAUAAAGGAUCCAGAACCGACCACUGGUAAAAUGGCCCUCAAUCUCCAAAUUCACUGCGAUGCACAAGAUUUGUAUUUGAAAUGGGUAAAAUCUCUGGGAUUUUUUUUUAUUUGUGGUUUAGGCUUUUUUUUACAGUCAUGGCUCAGUUAUCGUGUCACAAGUACCCCAUCUUCCCCCCCCCCA